AAUUCUUAUAGGCUCUGUGAGUUUUUGUCUUUGUGUUUGCGUGUGUUUGUGAUUCCAUUGAUCGCCUCUGCACAUCUACCAGUCUUCAUGGCCGCGGCUCUCUGAUUGAUCACGAAACCCCUCACAUUCGGCACACUCUCUCUCCUAGGGCUCCAAAUUCCCCCAAUUUCUCACAGUUUCUAACCGAAAAGGGGGCCAAUUGGGGUUUGGCGCGGCCAGAUUUCUUGGGUUUUUCAAUGACCUAUGACGAAAGUGAGGAUCGGGGAGAGGUGGUGCCGGAGCUGAUUUUGAGAAUUGGGGGUGAAGAUGACAAAAGGGACUAUGUGAAGUUGAGGGGUGAUCAUGUCGAUUGCGGACCGGCGGAGGGGGUUGAGGGGCCGGUGGAGCCCUCUUCCCCGAAAAAGUUAGCGUCUCUGUGGUAUUGGGUUCGGUUGGUAUUGUUGGUCAUGUGCUUGGGUUUGUUGGCUGGGGUUUUUGUCAAAUGGGUUGGACCUUUCUUCAUGGAUAAGGAGAUUAUUCCAAUUAUAACCUGGGAGACAAAGACAUUCAGUACUCCAGUGCUUGCAGUUCUUGUCUUUGCUUCUGUUGCAUUAUUUCCCACCCUACUUUUACCAUCGUCACCUUCUAUGUGGGUGGCUGGUAUGACUUUUGGUUAUGGCUAUGGAUUUCUUCUAAUCAUGUCAGCAGCAACUGUGGGUGUAUCUCUUCCAUUUUUCCUUGGCUCUCUCUUCUAUCAUAAAAUUCAAGGAUGGUUAGAAAAAUACCCAAAGAGAGCGUCCGUUCUAAGAUCAGCUGGUGAAGGAAACUGGUUUAAUCAGUUUCGAGCUGUAACAUUAAUCAGGAUUUCUCCAUUCCCCUACAUUAUUUAUAACUACUGUGCUGUGGCAACAAAUGUAAAGUAUGUUCCUUAUCUCUUGGGCUCCUUGGUGGGAAUGGUGCCAGAAACAUUUGUUGCCAUCUACACUGGGAUCCUAAUACGGACGUUGGCAGAUGCUUCACAUGAGCACCAUGGUCUUUCUGCCCCACAAAUAAUCUUCACUGUUGUUGGCUUCUCUUUGACUGUGGCCACCACAAUUUUCUUCACGGUGUAUGCUAAAAGGCAACUCAAGGAAUUACAAAAGGAUGAUGAACCACUAUUGCAAUAAGCUUUUGGUUCUUGUUUUUGUUGCAGGAAAACCAUCUGCCGCACAAGACAGGCCAAAGACACGGUUGCAUGCGGGUGAAGUUUCUUUUACCAUAUGACUUCAUCUGUUAUUGUUAAUGUAUUCAAAAUUGAUGCAAUAUGAACUGUGUGGAAGACGGAGGAGAAGAAGCCAUGACAUACAUUCAACAUGCUUGACACUGCUAUACCACCAUUUGUUCCUUAAAACAAGCUUAAAUUUGUUUCCAUUCUCUCUCUCUUUCUCUCACUUUCUCUCUUUCAAUUGUCAUUUGUAUAUGAUUGAAAUGAUGCUUGAAGGAUCAAAUUGGACUCUUGCAAGAUUCUUGACUGUAUAUAGAGAACCACUCAUUAGUAUAUUAAUUGUAGAUGUUUUUGGUCAUGUAGAUUCAUGUAA